GCUUCGCUUGGAGCUAAGACACCCGGUGUCAAGUCUACGUUUGCUUUUUUUCUUCUCCUGCUGCUGCUGGACAUGUCUUUAUUCACCGGAGCAACUAUGGGUAAGCGUUUUUUUCAUCUAUGCAUUUACUAAUGAACAGUGUUGGGAAUGAUACUUUUAAAAUGUAUCCAGUUAAAGAAUACAGAAUAAAUGCCCAAAAAUGUAAUAUGUAUUGUAUUCCGUGCCAUCACUCAAUCCGAGUAUUGUAUUCUGAAUACUUGGAUUACUUCCAUAUUGAAUUGCAUUUUAUAAGUGUAGGAGUCAAAUCCUGCUUACUAAACAGGGCUAUUAUGGUGUGUUCUUCUGUUUAAACUGGCUGAAUGUGUUAGGCCCAAGUUUAGCUGGAAGUGCACUAUUUCAUAUAAUUUGUUGUAGUGGAACAAAGCCUAUAAGGGUAUGUUCAUGCGAAAGAUAUUUGCUAUUGCAUCAAAGAGAGAGAGAGAGAGAGAGAGAGAGAGAGAGAGAGAGAGAGAGAGAGAGAGAGAGAGAGAGAGAGAGAGAGAGAGAGAGAGAGAGAGAGAGGACAAAAGGGUCUGGGGAGGGGUAAAGAUAAAAAAGUUGGGGAAAGCGUCUAUGAGGUAGGCAAAAUAAUCACCGGUCCACUACUGUAUGAAACAAAUCAAUAUCACUAGUGCAGCCCGCUGGAUAGCGGGCUGCACUCGUGAUCUUGAUUUGUUUCAUACAGUAGUGGACCGGUCGAACUCCUUCUCCCUCAUCCUGGUGCUGAAUGUGUUAAAUGCAUCGGCAUUUUUAUGUGUGUUUUCCAGCAUACGCUUUAUGUGGGUGUCUGUCCAAAUUCCCCGACGGUCCAACAAUUUGCUGUAGUCUUGGAGUUACCGCUAAUCAAACAAUAAUUCCCAUAAUGUGCGCGGCUGAGCGGGUGCCUGUUUCGUCCAAAGAGGCAUAUGCUUUGUAGAACUGGAUCGGACCGAGGUGCGUUCGCUUUCACAUCUCAAGCGAACCGUACCAGGGUUCGUUUGGAAGCGAACCGAGACCAGGGUUCGUUUGGAAGCGAACCGAGACCAGCUGUUCAGGGAAGUCUCGGUCGUCUGAAAUGGUUCGCAUCGAAGUGAGGUGGUUGCAUUCACACCAACUCUCAAACGUACCAAGGGACCAAACUCGUUUAGUGCGCACUAAAUGCUGUUGGUGUGAAAGCACGAAUAAACUGCUGAAACAGAAGUAUCGUCAUGUAAUCCAUUGAUUUCCACAAUGUAACUGUAUUCUAAAUAAGCAUACCAACAAUUUUAACUGUAACUGUAACGGAAUACAGUUAUAAUACAGCUAUAAUUUGAAUUCUGAAUACGUCACGCCGGUAGGUAUGUAUUCCGUUACUCCCUAACAAUGCCAGUAAACUAUUAAAGGCCAUAUCCUAAUUAGAUUAAAAGGGUAAAUGAUGUCUAUUGGUAGACAUAUCUAGGAAUAAACGAUUUUAUUCCUAGUAGGCCUAUAGAUAUGGUGCAAUUAGAACCCUGGUGCAAUUUAGAAGUGAAUGAUAUUUGCACCCGGCUACAAUUAUCAGUACAUGCACACAGAAAAUUCUUCUAUUAAUCCAAAGAUAUUUGUCCUCAGAAUAUCAGGGAGGCACUGAAUUUGAAACUCUAUGAUACGGGAGGCCUGGCUGGCUGACUAAAAACGCACCUAAUUUGAAACAUUAUGAUACAGGAGGUCUGGCUGGCUGACUAAAAACAUUGUGAUCAUAAAAGCGUUACAAUCUGACAAAAGCGUAAGUCUGACAAUAGAGGGAAUCGAACUAACCUCUUGAUUUCAUUGAUAGCUUUGCUACCUCUUCGGCCACUGUUGCCACACUGUUUUCUCCAUUUAACUCAUCUCUAACUAUAUGACGCCACAACUAAGAACUUUGUACAUAAUGUAUCUUAUUGGACUUCAUGACAUUUAACAAAACAAAUAGGCUAUAUAGAAUAUAUAAAAUACAAUAAUCCCUUUCAAUUGAAUUCAAAGUACACUAAUGCCCGGCAAUGCCUGAAGUACACGGAUGGCCGGGAAUGCGCGCGCAUGCGCAUGGCAAAGGGUGAUUUUAGCCCAACCGUGUGGCCAAGGCUAUUCCCCCCCCCCCACCCCACACACACACACUCACUCACUCACUCACUCACUCACUCACUCACUCACUCACUCACUCACUCACUCACUCACUCACUCACUCACUCACUCAAGAUCAAUGUUCGAACAUGAUUUUAAGGGUUAGUAUGUGCGUCACCCUCCAAUUAGAGGUGAUUAUAGUGUCUGUUUGAAACCACUCAUUCAUAAAACCAAUAAUUCAUAUCCCCUCCAGCUGCACGGUAACACCUCCGCCCGCCCCUCAGCUCUCAUUCUUGUCCGAUCACAGGGAAUACAAAGGCCAUAGUGGAAGGGAAUGAGAUGUAGUCAAGCUUUACAUUAAAGUCCAUACCGUCAUGAACUUGCAUCAUAUUUCUGUCCAUAAAUUAUGAUAUGACAGGGAUUGUGGCGAUUGAGUGUCCACAUUAUUUGCAUAAAAGCACUGUAUAGAUACAGACAUUUAUUAACAUUGUAUGUGAAGUAGCUUUUUGUGCUUUGGGAACACUAUAUUCUUAUGCCAUAUAAUUAUUUUUUUCAUGUAUGCAUUUACUAAGCUACAGCUUUGAUCGCUUUGGACCUAAAUCAUAUUCUAGGCAUUCCAAGUUUUCUUGCUUUAACAUUUUCAGCAACUUCUAAAGUGUAUUUACAGAUAUUAUUCUAUUAAUGUACUUGCAUUGUGUUUCAUUUAUAGAAUCUUGUCAGUUACAUGUAGUAUUUGUGUAGCCAUACUUAAUUUGUGCUUCACAUAUUUACUAUGUAAUCGGUAGUGUUCAUGUUGUCCUGCUUCGACUAUUAAUGAUCACAUUCAUUCAUUAAUUUGUGAUAAUCAUUCAAAAUCAUUAAUUGCGUCCCAUAAUGAUGUCUUUCCCUAUUUUCCGCAGUGAAUCCAUGUUGUAAUUAUCCCUGUGAAAACUCUGGAACAUGUGUGCGAUUUGGCACAGAGCGCUUUGAGUGUGACUGCACUCGCACCGGCUUCCAUGGGGACAACUGCACUGUUCGUGAGUGUGUCCAAACUAUGCUUCCAUUUCCUGUCUCUGCUCUAGGGCGCAUAACCAGGCUGGAUGAAGCCGCAGGCAGAGAAUGUAUGAGCAGCUGCUGAUACAUAGAAAGGCUUGCUUAUCAACAGUGCAGAUUCACGCUUCACCCGAAGUAGGCCUACUAUAGAAACCUGCAUGUAUUGUACGUAGGAGGGAGGAUGGGCAGUUUAUUUUGGUGUGUUUUCUACUGAUACCACCCAGAUUUCCUUCUCAUUUGUUCGAAUGUCAAGCAUUCUGCAUGGUCGAGAUAACCACGACUCUUUCGUUUGUGUGGGGGUCGAAUGUUGAAACAUGUCCAAACAUGUCUUAGCUACUUCCUUUUUCAGCCCUGUAGUGUGUUGCAUGCGUUUGCGCAGCUAUUUGGAUCAUUUCGUUUGGAUCAAACCAACCAGUAAAAUUGACAGUUGGAAAUAAUGUAAUUUAUGUAACUGAAGUCCAGUAGAACACAGAGUGGGAGACAGUUUCUACAGGGAUGUUCCAUAGAGGGAAUGGUGAAAACUGGAAUGGAAUAUCUUCUCAUAAUGUCACGACGGAUGCCAACAACAACCAACAGAACCCGAGUGCUUUCCAGACCACAGUUGGCUCACAAAAGAGCAGAAGGAAGAACUGAGUUCUGGACAAGAAUUCACCAUCUGCUCAAGCCCAGUCCAGACACCGUCCACUACCUCCUCACACACUUCCACUGGCUGUGGGAUGUGAUCAACAGCAGCUUCCUGCGCAACAUCCUCAUGAGGGUGGUCCUCACUGUCAGAUCCAACUUCAUUCCCAGUCCGCCGACCUUCAACUCCAAGUAUGGAUACCUGAGCUGGGAGUCAUACUACAACCUCAGUUACUACACCCGCAUACUACCCCCUGUGCCCGAGGACUGCCCCAUGCCCAUGGGCACCAAGGGUAAAGCCGUGCUCCCGGACCCCAGAGACCUGGUGACGCGCUUCCUGAUAAGAAAGAAGUUCAGACCGGACCCUCAGGGAGCCAAUCUGAUGUUCGCCUUCUUCGCCCAACACUUCACCCACCAGUUCUUCAAGACCCACCACCGGAUGGGCCCAGCCUUCACAAGGGCCCUCUCCCAUGGGGUGGACGCGGGCCACAUCUACGGAGACAACCUGGAGCGACAGCUGCAGCUCCGCCUGCACCAGGACGGGAAGCUGAGAUAUCAGUUGAUCUAUGGGGAGAUGUUUCCCCCGACCACCCAGGAGGUCCCGGUGGCCAUGAGCUACCCCAGUAGCGUGCCCCCCAGCCAGCGCCUGGCCCUGGGCCAGGAAGUGUUCGGCCUGCUGCCCGGCCUCACCCUGUACUCCACUCUGUGGCUGCGGGAGCACAACCGGGUGUGUGACGUGCUGAAGGAGGUGCACCCCACCUGGGGAGACGAGCAGCUCUUCCAGACCACCAGACUCAUCAUCAUCGGCGAGACGAUUCGCAUCGUGAUCGAGGAGUACGUUCAGCAGCUCAGCGGCUACCUGCUGAAGCUCAAGUUUGACCCGACCCUCAUCUUCAACGACCAGUUCCAGUACAGCAACCGCAUCUCGCUGGAAUUCAACCACCUGUACCACUGGCACCCUCUCAUGCCUGACAGCUUCCUGGUGGAUGGACAGGACAUCACCUACCCCGACUUCCUGUUCAACACAUCCGUUCUUCUACACUUUGGGGUUGAGAAGCUGGUGGAUUCCUUCGCAAGACAGCAGGCCGGACAGAUAGGGGGCGGUGGGAAUGUCCAUGCUCGGCUCCAAGAGGUAGUGGAGCUGGUCAUCAAGGAGUCCAGAGCACUGCGUGUGCAACCGUUUAACGAGUACCGCAAGAAGUUUGAACUCAAGCCAUACGCUUCUUUCUAUGAAUUCACCGAUGACAAGGAGAUGGCGAGGCAGCUGGAGGAGCUGUACGGGGACAUCGACGCGCUGGAGUUCUACCCGGGCCUGCUGCUGGAGCGGACGCGCGACAGCGCCAUCUUCGGCGAGAGCAUGGUGGAGAUGGGGGCCCCGUUCUCCCUCAAGGGUCUCCUGGGGAACCCCAUCUGCUCGCCGGUGUACUGGAAGCCGAGCACGUUCGGGGGCGCGGCGGGCUUCGACAUCGUUAACUCUGCCACGUUGGAGAGGCUUGUGUGUCUAAACAGCCGCUGGUGUCCCUACGUGUCCUUCCACGUCCCUCGCAGCGAGGAGGACCACAGACCCCGGGACCCCAGCACAGAGCUUUGAUUGGUUGGGUUUUUGUAGUUAUUUUUGUAGUUUGUUUUAUUAUUUGUGAGAGGAUCUAUUUAAUUGAGAUGCUAAAUUAUUUGGAACUUUUAAGUUUUUUUAUAAUGUAUGGGUGGGGAGGAUUGUCUUGUACUGAAAACGAAAUACAUAUAUUUGUUUCAAUUGGAUUUAUCAUACCUGCCUUCGAUACUUGCCCCAAUCAAAUUUAAUAAAAAAGAAUUUAAGCAUUUACUUGAAGUACUUGAAGAAACAUAGGUCAAGGUUAAGCAGGCUAUCACUUCAUCCAUACUGGACUAUACACUGGAAAAAGCCUUCUGUUGAACCAAUUAAAAAAAACAUGGGUAAUGGUUCACAUCUAUAUUACAUAACUUGAGCCAAUGACAAAUAUAUAGCUUGCCUCAAACAAUAUUUCCUAUGUUCAUAAAAACAAAAUAAUACAACUUGGCACCAAGUAUAAUUCUAUUCUUUGAAUGAAGUUAAUACAUUUAAAUCGUAAACAAAAAAAUAUUGAUUCACUCCAACAAUUGGUUCUCAUUUAAGAAAUAUCUAUCAGAAAUAAUUUGGUUUAUCCAAUCAAAAAGAUUACAAUUUAAUCAAACAAUUGUUUCUCAUUAUUGUAUACAUCAUCAUCAUCAUCAUUUUUUCCCGCUCGGCUCUCGCCGCUUCAUGACCUUGAGGCGCUUCUGUCUGGAUUCGACAUCACAUCGCGACAUCAGUCAGGGUUAGGUGCUUUGCCAAAGACACCUCGAUACACUGCUUGGUGAAGCCGGGGAUCGAACCAACAACCUUCAGAUUAUCAACCAAACCCGCUCUACCACCUGAGCUACUGCCGCCACACAAUAUACAAUAUAUAUUAACAAUCUAAAUGGCAGAGUUAGACCAACUCCAGACCUCCCUCCAGACACAGACAGACUGUCCUAGCUCACAGAACCAGUGAGUCAUCGUCACUCUGGUCAAGGCUAGUGCUUUCACCUCAAAAAGUCGCCAAAAGUCACCAAUAGCAGCUGAAAAAGAAGCUAGAUUUGUCGCUUGUCGCUGUUUUGAAAAAAAGUCGCCAAAGGGGUCUGAAAAGUAGCUAAAUAUAGCGACAAAAUCGCUAAGUUGGCAACACUGCGGUUUGGUCCAGUAGUCGUAAGCGUCUUUGUAUUUAAUGCGCAUGCGCAGGCUUGUACGUAACCUUGAAAUUGUACAUUUGUCUGAACAAAUAUUUCUAAAUUGAGCUCCUAAUCAAGUAUAACAGUGGUUUAGGAAGAAAACAAAAAAAAUUAUUUGGAUUGAAUGACAAAAUUAUUAAUCAGUUGAAUACACAACCUUAAAAUUUUACAUUUGUCAAAAUGGAUAUUUCUUAAUUGAGCUCCUAAUUAAAAAUAUCUAUAUUUCACAGUAUUUUGAAAUAAAAAAAAGUUAUUUUAAAAAUAAAACAAAAAAUGUUUAUUUGAAUUGAAUUACAUAAUAAUAAUCAGAUGAAGUACGGCUUAAAACCCUUUUUCCAGUGUAGGAGGUGCUACAGCAAUCAUUUGAAUACUUCAAAGACACUUAACUCCUCAUCCUUUUGACGUAUGAUCAUGAAAGUUUGUUUGCGCAUCACCUGAUCAAAGCUGAGACUAUUCCAGCGUUAGUAUUAAAAAAGAAUGAUCUUAAUGGUCUGCGUCAGGGGCUUUAUGGUCUGCGUCAGGGUCUUAAUGGUCUGAGUCAGUCUUAAUGGUCUUUGUUAGCCUUGGCCCCGCGUUAAAUGCUGCUUGUAGCUUUAAUUAUAAGUUAUGAUUUGGAACAUUUUCUUUGAAGUCACAUUUCUAACAUUACAACUGGCUGGUAACGUAAAAUAACCCUGCUAGCAACAUAGUCAAUGCUGAUCGAUUUUUUUUUCCAUUAAUUUUAUCAAUAAAAAUAUCAUCCUUUAACUGAUAUAUUCUAUCAAUAAAAAAUGCCGGCCAGCCCUUUCCACUCUUAUUGUUUUCAAGAAUCAUACUCCCAUUCCCAGAAACACUCCCACGGACCCAGACAGCAGAGCUACGCUAGUUCACACGCCACCCAUUCAGCAGAGCUACGCUAGUUCACACCACCCAGACAGUAGAGAUACGCUUGUUCACACCACCCAGCCAGCUGAGCUACGCUAGUUCACACCAUCCAGCCUGAAGAACGACGCUAGUUCACACCACCCACCCAGCAGAGCUACGCUGGUUGGGUUGCAAACCCGGUAUCACGCGAUUUCGUGCUCAUGCGCACAAACGUUAUUAAUCUAUUGAAUCGUGUCCCAGAUUACGAUUGUCCGACUUUUUUAGUGCUCC